AUGGCGGGCGAGGCCGUCACGGCCAUGAUCGUGGCUGCUGACGCCGGUGACAACCCGCUGGCGGACCGCCGCGAGGAUCGGGAGGCGGCGGCGGCGCGGGAGAGGAAGGCGAAGGUGGCGAAGCUCAACUCGCAGACGGCGAACGCGAUGGAGGUGGUGCGGGCGCAGCAGGCCGCGAAGGAGCGGGGAGCCUUCGACGAGGCGGCUCUCAGGGCGAACGAGGUGCUCGGCGACGGCGGAAGACUGUGGCUUGAGCCGCUGAGCGCGCGCCACUGGCGGCAGGAGCUGCUCCUGAAGGGCGCGUCCUGGUUUGGAUUCCAGAGCGACACCGCGUGUGUGCACGAGCUCUACAAGGGGUGGGCAAACCUGGGUUACGCGGUGGACGACUACAUCGCCUUCCUCACGCGGCACGGCUUCAACAGCGUUCGGCUGCCGCUCUCGGUGGAGCACGUUGCCUCUAAUCCGACCCUGACGGGCUCGUGCGGGAGGGAGUGGGAGGGGCUCCGCAGCCUGGCGGCGCUGGAUGACCUCGUGCGCCGGCUUCAGGACGCUGGCAUCUACGUGAUGCUCGGAAUCCACGUCAUCGCCACAGACACCAACAGCGCCCUGUGGUGCCAGAGCGUGGAGGGUGGCUGCAGCAGCGAGGACGAGGAGCCACUCUUCGACGCGUGGAGCUCGCUCGUGACGCGGUACUGUGCAUCUCCUAACGUUAUCGCCGCCGACCUCUACAACGAGCCCUUUGGCGCCACCUGGGGCAGCGGCGACCGCAGGACAGACUGGGACCUAGCUGCCGAGCGCCUCGGCAACCACGUGCUCGCUCGCUGCCCGCGGUGGCUCAUCUUCGUGCAAGGCAUCGCCAACAAUGGCGGGUGGUGCCGCAACCACCCGUCGGGGCUACACAGUGGCCACACGUGCUGGUGGGGCGAGGCCGUCCACCCGCACCGUGCUCACCCGAUCGAGCUCUCGGACGCGAGCAAGCUGGUGCUGUCGCCGCACGCCUACGGCGAUGACUCGAAGAACCCGAACCACCCAGGGACGCCCGAGGUGUGGGACACGCAUUGGGGACUGAUCCCGUCCGAGGAGGGCACCCCGGUGGUGCUCGGGGAGUGGGGCGGCCUGUGGGACGACACAGGGCCGUGGCAGGAGCGGAUGCAGGAGUACCUCAUCGAUCGCGGCUUGGGGCACUUUUACUGGUCGCUCAACGACAACUCGUUCGACACCGGCGGCCUCUACAACUCGGUAAACCAGCCCAAGUGGGACAUGCUCGCAUCCUCGCUCGCCAGCUCCGUGCCCGGCUUCCAGGCGGCCGCUGCGGCGCUGAGCAAUCAACCACCCUCCCCGCCCUCCCCGUCGCCGUCACCACUGCCGCCGCUGCCGCCGCGGCCGCCGCCGCCCUCGCCCCCUCCUUCUUCGCCGCCGACCCUGGGCACCUUCGCUGACAAGCCGGCCCUGCAGGCCGCGGUCGACCUUUGGUGCAGCGAUGAGGCGGCCGCCCGCGCGACAUACGGCGACAUCUCGGGCUGGGACGUGAGCGCGAUCACCGACAUGCAGUGUCUGUUCAGCGCUUGGUCGUGGUGCAACGGCGGCGGCUCCACCACCGGCAAGGACACGUGCAACCCCGACAUCUCGGCGUGGGACACGUCGGCGGUUUCCAAUAUGAAAUCCAUGUUCGACAGCGCCUCCUCCUUCGACCAGGACAUCGGGUCGUGGGACGUGUCGGCGGCCACCAACAUGCGGGGCAUGUUCUUCGAGGCCUCCUCCUUCGACCAGGACAUCGGGUCGUGGGAUGUGUCGGCCGUCACCGACAUGUUGGACAUGUUCAUGUGGGCCUCCUCCUUCGACCAGGACAUCGGGGCGUGGGAUGUGUCGGCGGCCACAGAAAUGAGCGGCAUGUUCUACGGCGCCUCCUCCCUCAGCGACUGCAACAAGGCGCUCAUCCACGCCGGCUUCGACGCUCAGACGAGCGCCUGGACCUACUCGUGGGGCUCGCUCGAGUGCCCUUCGCCCCCGCGACCACCCCCGCGACCACCGCAUCCACCUGGCCAGGCGCCUUUCUUGGCCAAGGUGACCGAUGGCAAAAGCAAGACCUUUGGCAAAAGCAAGAAGAACAGGAAGAACCCGUGGUUCUCCGCCAAGGCAACCCGGCGUUCCUCGCCCUCUCCCCUUUUUGGCGCUAUAGUUGGCUCCUCCCGCGCACGUUAG